AGUACACACCAGCCACCCCAUAUGAGGUUCAGAAGCAUGAUGUACUGUACAGCAGCACCACAUGCUAUCAGGUUAUAGACUUCAGUGGUGAGGGAUCAUUUGGAAAAGUCACCAAAUGUAUCAAUUUAACAACAGGCAGUCACGUGGCAGUGAAAAUCCACAAAGACGAUGGAAAUGUCUCAGAAGUCAUUCAAAAGGAGAUAAACAUGCUAAAAGCGAUCAGGACUCUUGAUCCAGACAAAAAUAACAUUGUCAAUUUCAUGGAGGAUUUCAUGUUCAAAAACCUCUCCUGUCUGGCCUUUGAAAUGUUGGACAGGAGCCUUUGGGACCUCAUGGAGGAGAGAAGGUGGAUUCCUUUAAAUCUUAAUGAAAUUCGUCCUGUAGCCCGUCAGCUCAUGAUAGCAUUUGAUGCUUUAAAGAGUAUUGGUAUCAUCCAUACGGAUUUAAAGCCUGACAAUAUAAUGCUGGUGAACCAAAAUGACCAGCCAUUUAAAAUCAAACUGAUUGACUUUGGUCUGGCCAGACGGGUGAGCGAAGUGAGCAUCGGAACAAUCAUGCAGCCUUCUUCAUUUCGGGCUCCAGAGGUGACCUUAGGCCUCCCCCUGACGGAAGCGGUUGACAUGUGGGGAGUGGGAUGCGUUAUGGCAUUCUUAUAUUUUGGUAGGGAGCUUUUCCCUAGAGAAUGUUCAUAUAAUGUGAUUAGAUCUAUGGUGCACCUGCUGGGUCGGCCUGAAGAUGACUUGUUGAGUGCUGGAUUAUACAGCUGGGCAUAUUUCAGCCUGAAUGAGGACCCCUACAAUCCAGGCUUUAGGCUGAGGUCACCAGAAGAGUUCACACAGGUGACAGGCAUCCAAACCCAAAUAUCGUUCACGUUUUUCGACUUCGUUGAGGAUUUGCAGGAUGCAAUAAAGACAUACCCAGCCAAAAAAAGUGACAUUGAGUAUCGCGAUAGGAUGGAAUUCCUAAGCCUCCUCAUGUCAAUUCUUGAUCCGAAUCCUGAAACAAGACUUACUCCGAGGGACUGUUUAAAUAACCCGUUUCUGGCAAUGUAUCACCUGAAAAAAUACAUGGACACCAGCUCAUAUCCACAUGAGGCACUUCAGUGUAUGACUUUUACACCCUUGAAUCAUCUAGACUCAGAAACAAAGUCAGAUGAAAAGAAUGACAAGUCAGACCCUCAAGCUAUCGAAGCUGACUUAAACGAGCCAAGUCUUCAUUUUGAUGAACAGACAUUCACCAAUGAGCUCCAGGCGGAGAAGAACAUAAACAAGCAUCUCCAAGAGGAACUGGAACGGCUGUGCAUUUCAUACCAACUGCUCAUUGCAAGGUGUGAAGAUGAUGCUCUCAAAAACAGAGAGCAGGCUGCUGUCCUUCAGCGUGAUCUUGAUAACGAGAUCUUGCAGAAGAAACAACUGCAAAUUGACUUUGAUGAAGCCACCACUGCACUCCAGCAGGAGCGAGAGAAGAACAAGGCUCUAGAAAAACAGCUGAACAAGAUGGUGAUAGAACAAGUUGACAUCUUUCAGCAUGAGAUCCACAACUUGAGGACUGAGCAGGAAGCCCUCUGUCAAAAGAUGGCGGAAGAGAUCACUGUCUUGCAACAAAAUGCGUUUGAGAAGGAGAAAAAUUUUGGGAGAGAGCUGGACGAGCUGAAAACUCAGCUCAGUGUUCAGAUCUCACUCAACCUGAAGCUCUCCAAUGAGCUGAAGGAUGAGAGAGAGGCUCCCCAAAAAGUCACCAGUCGUGAUGACGACUGUGAGGAUGAGUGCAACAAGCCGCAGGAAUCUAUGCCUAAUGCAGAGCCCUUUGAACCAACAAAAGAGGCUGAGGUUCCAGAGGAAAUGCCGGGCGAACAGCAGGAGACCAUCAGUCCUGCACCGGCCCUCGAAUGCCAGAAAGCGGCUGAAGGAAAUCUUCCACAGAAGACAGCAGAACCACCCUCUGUCUGGAAGAGAGUCCGUCACUUUCUGGGGUUGAGGAAACCAAAGAGGUGGAAGAGGAGGAGGGAGGAGGAGUAAAAUAACAUCAAGUAUUGUGGGUUUUUCUCCAGGUGCUCUGGUU